CCCCAUAAUUUUGUUCUGCCCUAGAAUCAUGGAGUUAUUAAAGCUGGAAGAAGCCUUUAAGAUCUCUCCCUCCGACCGCGCUCCCGGCACUGCCGCUGUAACCACUGAACCACAGCGCCCAGCGCCAGGGAUGGUGACUCCACCGCCUCCCUGGGCAGCCCUUCCCAAAUAUUUUCACCAAACACUGAAAAUAUUUAAUCCGAAUCAACCCUGUCUUAGCUUGAGGCCGUUCCCCCCGCUCCUCUAUAGGCCCAGCAGAAGAGUCAAAUCCCCAGCUCGGUACAGCAUUUCCCUGGUUGUAGAGAGCAGUGAGGUUCCCCCAGUCGUGCCUUUGUGCCUGUAUUUGUCCUCCCCAUGAUUCUGCUUUAUUGCCCAACCAUAAAUGCCUCCCCUUCAUAAUUUUGUUCUGUCAUUACGUUUGACUGUUUCCCCUGGAGCAGCUCUAAAAAUAGUGGCUGCCAUUAGAACCUACAGGUUUUUGCACUUUCAAAAUAGUGUAGUGAGCAAUGAUUUAAAUCCGUACAGCAUAUACAAAAUUGAUUGGAUUCCAGGGUUUUGGUAUCUGAAAACACUGAAAAAUGCACAUACUGCACAGCUGGGCAAUUCUCAGGUUUCCAAGGAAAUUCCUCACUUCCCUCACGUAAGAGCCAAUGACGAACUCUGACUGUCUAUUUUAUAUGUUAUAGUUGAAGGGAUGCAUUUCAUGCCCUACAAAUUGAUGAUGCUGGUACCAUGUGUUCAGCAUGGCACUGCCUAGAAGAGCUCUGCAUAUUUCUCAAGGCCAAAACUACCUGUCUGCAGUGACGUUUGCUAACCUACAUCCUUACUUAACACUGUGUUUACUAUCCUUUAUAAUUCUGUUUUCUCCUAACUUGUCCUGAAAGGAGGAGAAUUACGUGGGUUUUCAUUUGUAUGGUUCUAUUAAUUUAAUAGAAAACUGCUAUGUUUCUCAGCAGUCAUAAGCUGACUUCGCUAGAGUUAAACCCCUUUAGUAAGCACUUCUCUGCUGGAGCAAAGUUAGAGACAAUUCUUUGAAGAAGGGGCCCCUUUGCAGCUGCCUCUGAGAUUAACAGUACUGGGCUUUUAAAAAACAAUAGUUUAACUUGGGCACCAAAAACCUUUGCUUGCCAUGCUAAAUAUAAGGGGUUAGGCUUUAUUUUCACAGGUUUAAAAUACCCAGUGUAGCUCUGAAGCCUGAGGUGGAAAAAAAAAGCCUUCUAUUUUCUUUCCCUCAGGAAAAGAGUUAUGCAGAGAAUGUGUGAGCAGAUAAUAGACUAAUUCAAACCUUCAGACCAGAUGUCUUCAGAAUCAUACUAUCGCUCAAAUUAAAGCAUAAACAAACAUUUGUGACUGACGUAGCUCCUUCAAAUAGGCGAAUGCCUUGGUCAGGGUUGCUCAUUUUGGGACAGACUGAGAGAAAGCAGAGUCAAAAAUGAAGAAGUUUCUUGUGUUUGUCUCCUUUUUGCUCCUGCUGACCACUGUUACAGACACUUCACCAAUUUUGUCUGAAAAAGAUGCCAAACAGAUGCUGAGGACUCGUCGUGAAGAGAGACCAAGAAAAGCUGGUUUCCCUGAUGAACCAAUGAGGGAGUAUAUGCUUUACCUCCAGCGCUUGGAGCAGAGAUCAGAAGAACAAUUCCUUGAACAUUGGUUGAAUCCUCAUUGCCUCCCACACUGCAACAGGGACCUGGUGCAUCCAAUCUAAGGGGUUUGCCUACCCUGCAACUGAUAUAUAUAUACACAUGUGUUAAGGAGGACAAGAUUAUUCCUGCAUUGGCUACGUGCUCACUGUAGAGCAGAACCUCUUUGCAGUACAGUGCAGUCCUCAGCAGAACUUCCAGCUCUAAGUGGCUUGAUGAGUUAUAAACAACCAUAUAUUUUCUAGCAGCAAUGAUUGCAUGCAUGAAUAACUGAAUUGAGGGUUUCCACAGUUUCUGAGGCAACUGAUUAGUCCUAGAGUAUCCUUUUAAGGGCACAGGUUUAGACUGCCUGAAGCAAAAGGAACUUGGAGGGAGAGGUCAAUAGAAAAUUGCAGAAUACCAGCCAGCUUUCUGGGCUUUGGAGGAAUCCUUAAUUACAGUUUUCUAGGUUAAAUAACAGUAUUGCAUGAAGACACAACAUUGAUGUCACACACUGUCUUACUGCCUGAUGAGUAUUUCACGCAUUGUUCCAUAAUAAAAGCUUGAGCCAAUUCCAUUUGCAGAUGAUUUUGUUCCCUUAGUCUCCCAUACUAAACUCACUGGAAGUGAGGCUCAGUUUUGUGUAGAAUUAAGGAAACAUCAGAGGACUUUCUAGGACCAGCAGCUGGGAAGCACUAUGGUGCAGACUAAUAAUUGUGUAGUUUCUCUGCACAAUUAUCCCUUCCCCUUGUAAUUCUUCCAGGAGGGGCAAAUGAAUCCAGCCAACCCUUUCCUGCCUGAGAGCCUUUAUAACUUAUACCUUGGAGAAGAGUAUCUUGUACAGUCAGAUGGGAAACACAUGAUACCUGCAAAACAACAUAAAAAAUUGCUUGAUGGCUCUUAAAUGUCGGCUGUGGUCCGUAAUGGCAACAGAAUUAGUUAUGAAUGGAGCAAAAUAACUUUCAGAGCUCCUCACUGCAGUCACAUUUGAAACCUGAGGACUGGGAGCAAAAUAAACCACAAUUUUAUGAAUAUCUAUAAGAUAAUUAGUGCUACAGAGCUUUUGACAGACUGAAAUAAAUCAACAGUUUUUCUGGUAUACUUUCCUUCCAGUAAAACAGCUCUCCUAGAUGACUCCAAGGAAACAAUUUAAAUCUCAAAGCAUCAAAGGCUUGCUUUCCCCUACUGCCAAGAUAAAUCAUAGAUUAAAUCUGCAAGUGUGAAAAAGUAUAAUGAGGCUGCUAUUGUGUGCUUCAUUCAUAACUCUCUGAACAGAGAGA